CGAGGAUGGUAUGGGCGGCUGUGGGCGGCAAGGCAGACCUUCCGUGCAACCUUACCUCUCCCAUUCGCGACGACCCCGCCCUGCUGGUCUUGUGGUACAAACAGGGUGUACAUAAGCCUAUAUACAGCUACGACAUGCGCAACGGGCCUGCGACGCACUGGAAGAGUCCGCUGCACCUGGGGACUCGCGCCGACUUCAUAGUGACAUCCGCAUCCCUCACAAUCCGCAGAGUUCAUGCGAACGAUGAGGGAAUCUAUCGGUGUCGGGUGGACUUUAGGACAAACCCCACGCUCACCUUCACCACGAACCUCACUGUUAUAGACUAA